UCGUCUGGCAAGACAGUGGGCUCCGAGUCAACAGGCACGACAGUGGGCUCCGGGUCAUCAGGUAUCGGAUUGUCUGGCUCGACAGCGGGCAUCGGGUCACCAGGUAUGACAGCGGGCACUGGGUCACCAGGCAUCAGGUCAUUUGGCUUGCCAGCGGGCACCGCGUCAUCUGGCAAGGCAGUGGGCACCGGGUCACCAGGUAUGACAGCGGGCUCUGAGUCAAUUGGCACGACAGCGGGCACUGGAUCAGGUACCGGAUCAUCUGGAUCAACAGCGGGCAUCGAGUCAACUGGCCUAAUAGGAUCAGAGGCAUCCGGCUGAAGAGAGGCAUCCGGCUGAAGAGAGGCAUCAGGCUGAAGAGAGGCAUCAGGCUGAAGAGAGGCAUCAGGCUGAGUAGAGGCUUCAGGCUGAGUAGAGGCUUCAGGCUGAGUAGAGGCUUCAGGCUGAGUCACGGAAGGCAGGUUCACCGGUUUGGAUACUGGCAGGAUGGUAUUGGUUGGAAAG